AUGAGUAAGAAGCCGAAUCCGCACUCUGCAGCGGGGGCGGAGUCUGAGGAGGCACGAGUUGAGUCCUUUGGACGUAAAGUUUUUGAAAUAUACACCGAGACGGUAAAGCCGUCCAUCUUUGAUCUACAGUUGCGGCACUACGCUGAUUAUCUUCACCACUUUGGCUUCUCCAUUGAGAGGGAAACCAAGCACUUGAGAGAGGCCCCACGGAUCGGAGGCCGGCGCGCACCUGCGCGGUCAGUGGAACUUCUGCCUGGUGCCCAGUGGGGUAUUGGGAAAGAAGAACGAGAGGAAGCUGACGCAUGGGCACGCGAAGUCGGGCCACUAGAAGGAGUGACUAGACCACAUGAAAUUGUGACGCGGCUCAUUGAACCCUUCAAACGGGUUACGUGGCGGCAGUCCGCUUCACAGUGUGCGCUGAAGAAGGCGAGAACAUUGUAUUGCUGGCUUUGCAACAAUAUUAACCCUGAACUUCCCCAACAACAGGGGGAUGAAGCUGCAGCGAGCGUACCUGCGCCUGCUGGUGCUGGCAAAAAGGAAGAAGGGAACAGUGUCGCAUCGUCGCGUAGCCACAAAAAAAAAUCAUCGGCGGCAUCACACACCGUCGUAUCCCUGUGGUCCAUGGACUUGUUUGAGGAAGUGCUGGCGCAACGCCGUGCUACCUGCAUUGGGAUGGCCCAAAUAUAUCAGAAGUUCCUUCAGUUGGCUGGGAUUAAGGGCGAAGUGGUAGAAGGAUUUCUGCGGAGACGCCCCCCAGGAAAAAGUAUUGAAUGGGCGUGGAACCUUGUUCAAAUUCCCGUGGAUGACGACCCGCCGCUUUCGUAUCUCGUGGAUGUGAUGCUCUCCGCUCAUUCAGGUCAAUGUUUAUCUGUCAAUCGGCCGGGGGAUGCCGCCGAAGAUGUUCCAAAAGGUAAACCAAAUCAGCAGGGUGAAAGCACGGGUCGUAAGGGAAGGGCCGCUCCCGCCCAACAAGCAACACCGCAGCGGAGCAUACUUGAAGGCCCCCUGUUAGCCCCCUUUUGUUCACAGGUGAAGCGUAUGGAAGAUUUCUACUUUAACACACAUCCAGAGAAGUUUUUCAGCACACAUUUCCCCAAACGUGCGCGCCACUCGUUGCUGCAGACACCGAAGAGGAAAACCGUGUGGGAAGGUGAACCGUUGAUGACACAUGAUUUCUUCCGUUUUCCCCUGGCCCUGGACCCUUCUGGGCGUCGGUGCUCUAGCAUCACGCGGUCCACACCAUUUUACAUCAAACUUUUCAACGAGGACCCGGAGCAUUUCGAGUUGUGCUGUGUUCUCUUUAGAGGAACAUUAAUGGAACUCCCAGAUAACUGUAGCUCAGCUACGGCACUGGGACCCAGGUGGGUAUGGCACCAGCGGGAGGAGUCGUCAAUGAGUGAAACCUUCACUCUAAUGGUACCGGAGUCGGGAUAUUACUGUAUGGUGAUUGGUGCACGUGCGAUUAGAAAAGAUCCCUUCUCGGACCUGAUUUCCGAGGAGCCAUUUGUCCCCGUUGUUGCUUAUCAAGCCUUAGUUACCUUUGUUGCCAACCCGACACCACAGAUACCUUGCCAGUAUUUUAGUCCAUCUAUAUGCAAAUUAUUGGAACCGCUGCGAUAUCAAGUGAAGGAGGGACUCACGCGCUUCAUUGUGAUGCCAUCCUGCGCAAAUGUCGUGGCGGUGGCGGUGGUGUUGCUGUAUCCUGAAGAAGGCAGACGAGAGCUGCUUUCGUUUCUCAAUUUCUCUCCCAAGGAUGUGGCUUAUACUGGUGAUGUUACGCUCCCAGGCUACCACAACGCGGAGGUAUGGAUACUUUACGCGGCACCUGACCAUGACUACGUGAACACAACGGGGCUUCCAAGUCUAUCGGCACGCUAUAAGCCGAAAACGGUCUCGUCGCUUUCCCUUGUGAACACUGUGGGGCCAUCACAGGGUGAAACGGCCCCAUGUGUUUCGAAGGGUAAAAUGCUUUUCUUACCUUUCGUGACGAACAUUGAGGUAAAGAAACUUCUUCCAGAGUCCAAGAAGGUUAACUUCAUCCUACCGGAGCCAAACCUUAACGACGAACAACAGAUAACAUUUAGGCGACUCAUUGGAGUGACACCAGAGUUGUACAAAGAGGCGGCUGCGAUUGCCGACAAAGACAUUACAAUUGUCGGCUCACACUUUACUGGGAGGGAAGGUGACAUAGAAUUCCCCAAUGUAUAG